UUUUUUAACACGUCUUGAUUUUUGAACGGAGAUUUUGGCUGCAGUAGGUCACAGCAACAUAAUAGUUUUUAGUCCCAUCUGAGUCGGAUCCAAGCAUACGAACAGCAAGUCGGUUUUGAAAAGGGAAUAUUAAGUGCAACAAUAAAACACUUCUACUUCAACUUCUCGCACUGUUGUAACUAACAGUUGUAUUAAAGAACGCUAGCAAAUAAUUACGAGCCUUCUACUCCAUCUUCAUCAGCUCAACAAAGACUGAUCGUGUAAUUCGCUAUCUCUCCUUGAAAUCAUUCCAGGUUUUGGCUAUCCAACGUUUUGAUAACAACAAAGACAACCUACGUUUUUGAAUUCGGUUUCGUUUUUUGGCCCUUCUACUCCAUCUUCAUUACCCUAGCAAAUAAUUACGAACCUUCUACUCCCACAUUAUCAUCUCAACACAGUAAUUUCCACACCUACAACACCAGCACAACAUAGAUCCACAUCCUCCAUAUAUUUAUUGAUCCAAGAAGUCUGCUGGUUUAUCUAGUGGACCCACACCUAACCUAACCUAAAACGUCUUAUAAUCUUCAUCUACAUCCCAGAAAAGAAUGAAGCUUUCUUGUGGUCGAGGCCUUUCGCUUCUCCUGUUGGCCUCUGGGGCCACAGGAUGUGAAGGAGUGGCUUUACGUACCCAUGGGGCUUCUAAAGACCAGCAACAUGAUAUUGAAAGAGGAGACGUUAGAGGCUGGCCCUCGACGACGGAGACGGAAAAGUCUACUCGUCGACCUAAUCAUGUCUAUUCGAAACCAGGUGGUCGUUAUGGUCCAAUCACAGCGCUGCUCACUGCCUUGACAUUGGGUCAAGCUGUCCAGGCCGACGAUUCGGGGUACUUCUCUGAUUUCCAGGAGAAGUAUGGAGAACAAAAAGAUGGGACAACUGGGAAAUUUCCGAAAACUACAGCGGUUCUUGGACCUUCUGAAGGAAGAAAUGGGAGUACGCCGGACCACGUUGAUCCUGGCAGUACUGUGGAUCUCAGCAACGUUCCUUGGAUCUCUCAGUUUCGUGAACUUCUUAAGGAAGGAUCUUCUCACGAGAUCGAGGAGGAUCAUCAAGAGGGAGAUGAGGACCACGACCAGUUUAGUAACGACGACAUUGCUGAUCUUUUUUCUGGUUCCUCCUUGGCUGCUGUGUGCGAUAAGCGCAGACCUGAUCACGACUACCCAGAGGUCCGAAGAGUCUGCACGAACUUUGAUGAAGGUAAGUACGUCUUACCCAGAAGUGGAAGUAGUUGUUGUUGUUCUUCUUCUUCUUCUUCUUCUUCUUCUUCUUGUAUAUAACAGCGUUGAUGACGACGUACGCCUAUCAUGCCUACGUUUCCCUGAAAAAUUCGUACAGGAGUGCAUAGAUCGCUACGUCAAAUAUGCUGUAAAUCACUCAGUCUUUUGAAGAUCCAUAACCUAACCUAACCAAGUUCUUCAUGAAAACCGAAACCAUGAAAAGGUUCCAAGUUAGACAAGAGCAUCGUUUAGUCUACGUGCUAGUGCUAUCGCUCGUGAUAGACUAGUAGAUGGGAACAUUACACAAGUGAGUCAAUUUAAAUCCGCCUACUUCAAAUGUUCAGGCCGCAACGCCGAGACUGACCCCUUGCUCGGUCGAGGCCAAUGCUCAUUCGGUGGCUAUUUGCGUGCGAUCCUGAGCAAUUCCGAGAGCUUCCGAGUCGUGAAGAAUAGCGAAGGCAUCUUCGGCAACAUCUUUGAUGACGGAGAGGCAGGAGCAAUGGAAGAAGGCAGAAACGACGUGAUGCAGGAACUCUCCAUGCGUCCGCUUGUGGGUGAAGCAUUUGGUGGCGUGAACGCCAAGUGUCAGAAUCGCAUCAUGCAAUCGGGUGGACCCACCAGCCAAGUGUUUUUCAACGCAGAUGAGCAGCGAGACUCUUUCAAAAAAUUGCCUAGUGCUGUGAAGGACAAGAUUGCGGACAUGAUUUCCGAGAAGAAAUACUUUGCGGUCUUGCCCGACAACCUUCUCACUGACCAGCAAUUGAAGCUUUUGCGUGAACGAGGCCUGAAUUGGCCUUUGUGGUCGGAUGUCUUUCGCACUACAGAGACAGUGGACGGACCGGAUGGAAAAGAAGCCGUUAACAUGGUAACGAGCACAGACCAAGUCACGCUCACAGUCCGCUUUCCGAAACAGAUGUUUACCCCAAAGUUCAUGGAUACCGUACGACGCGUAGACCUAUUGCCCAACGAUCAGAAAAACCCCUACGGCUCUGACCCGUCGGGGGAAGAUCUGCGAACUUUACUACGCAACGCUAGCGCAGAAACACCUGAUCAACCCAUGAUCCGCAAUGCCGAUGACUUGUUGCGAAAACACGCUCCAUCGGUUCCGGUCCACUGCAAUCAAAACACCGGUUGCUUCAUCGCUUCGCAGGGCGUGGGUCCGUCGCGUGUCGAAGGUGGAGUCGCGUCGAACUAUGAAUUACGGCUUCAACAUUCUCCUAAAAUCGUCCAUCUUCUCCAGAAGCGUCUUAGCAGGCCUGUUCUUGUUCCAUAAUUAGGGGGGUGGAAACACAAACAGCCUCAAGAUGAAUUUGAAUCUCAGGCUCCUAAUUCAUUCUCCUCUCAGGAAGAUGGAUUAGGCUGACUGCUGUCUCUAAAUAAAGCUGACGAUAGUCGGACCGGUGGUGGAUGGCAGAAGGGGAAUUUGCCUGGAGAGUCUUCCUCUGCAGAGGAAGUGGAAUAUAUUUGGGGAGGUAUCUCUGGUCGUGCCCACGGCAGCGCACCGGUUUCCCCCGACGAAGUGUUGGACUUACUGGGGAAUGUUCGUGUCGUUAAGGUUACUGGGAUUUAUUAUAAAUCUUCCAUUUAUUUCAGAAGCAUCUUGGUCCCGUUUUUAAAAUAAUAAAUCGGGGUAUCAUGAUGUGGCCCCCCAAGAUGUAGUUUGCUGCCGAAGAAUGGACACUUUCCUUAGAAGUUCUAAUGUCGCAAAGGAAAAUCUCAUAGAGCAAUACCUGGCUCCCGCAGCUAUGAUCAGUAGCACGUUUCAAGACUGGGCCAGUUCGAACGUGGACACUGAAGACGGAAAGAAGCGUCGGGAGGCAUUGAGACCCUAUUUUAGUCUGUAUGCACCAGCUGCUGGCACAAGAACUUCAGAAGGAACAUCAAGUGUCAACACAGGUGAAGAUGCUCCUGACCAGUUCUUGUUGGAAAAGAACUCGUUGCAUACAGUGAGUAGCGACAGCGUCAUGAAGUUGUUGCAGCAUUGGAUGCAGACGAGCACUUUUCACGGUCCGAUCACAGCAAUGCUGGACAAGGUGCAAGAAGAAGGAAAGCUUGGUGCAGAACGAGUGGAACUCUUCAAAAAGUAUAUGCAAAUGGAUGGCAAGAAAGAGAUGGCUGAAGACGCACAAGAGAGUGAAAGGGGGUUCCUUCGCGGAUCUUCAGCUUCUGCAAAAGAGGACGUCGAAGCCGUUCAUCUACCAGGUUGGUCUCUUCAUAAAAGUAGUGAUCCGCUCGCCAAGGCUGAAAAUUGGGCGGAACUUUGGAAUGUGUUUCUCGAUAGUGGCUUCAUCCAGAACACUCCGCGUCCGUUCGUUCCUCAAAUUUCUUCUCGUUUGCUAGAGCCCAACGCCGAUGAGCAAAGCGUUAACGAUGGCACACCCCUAGAAGCCGUUCCGAACUUCAAAUUCGAAAUCAUCGGAAAGGUCGACUUCAGCGUGGGCACCGGGUCUUAUAACCAAAACCCUAGGCCCUUCAACGUUCUCGAGUCGACGGGUAACAAGGUAGGAGAGUACGAUCCGCCGUCGAUGCAUAAGGGGUUGGCACAGGAUAUCGAUGUGAUGUGGACGCACCCGAUCACGCAAAACCUGGGAGCCCAAUUUUUUCCGCAGUGGAUGCCCUUCCAGGUCCUCUUUGGGUACAUGCAAGUACCGAAUGCGACGCAAGACUGGAAUAAUACACCGGUAGUACUAUCAUACGGAGUUCAUGUUAGAAAUUUUGUUUUCAAUUUUGAUUGAGGAGGAUCUGGUGUAGCCAACUCGCAAAAUAGCCAACGAGUAUUUUCAAUUUUGAUUUUCUAACUUCUUGUUGUAGAUACCGAGUUCAUGGAGAGCUUGAGUCCUGGGUAAGAAAGUAGCAUUUUAAUUUUAAAUAGUAUUAGUAUGUGCUAGUUCCUUCGUCUAAAACAAUACGUAACUUAGUGUUAGUUAAGUUCGCUGGUAUUCUUGUUACACACCGUCGAAUCCAUUCAUCAGUAUUUCUAUAUAAAAUCAGCCACUGAGAAGAUGAAACCUUAGCCGUAUAUUACUAGCCAAAAAACUUCUUCUAGUACAUAAAUGACAAAUGCAAAUCUUCAACAACACCAGAUCUACUUCUGCCACCAAAUGAAUAUCAACUACAACAGUCUUUGCAGCAGCCUGGCGCUUGGCCUACGACGGAAGGGGAGUCGCAGUUUGACAUCCAGACCGAGGAGAAGAAGGGCAGACUCGUGGUAGCUCACCUCUGCAGUUUAGGUGGCGAUAUGAACAUCAUCGAUGCUCGCGCUUACGGGAUUGCUUUACCAUCAUUUUGGACCGAUCCAGAAACGGUGAGCCAAUCUUUGUGGAACGACAUCUUGCAGGCUAAAGACCCUAAGACCGGAACCGACUACGUCAUUGGGUCUCACGAUCAUAAGAUGGCUUUGUACGAAGGUUUUAUCGGCAAAUUCAGCGACUUUGCUGGUCCUACCAAAGGAGCGCCGAUGUUUGAGGCUAUGCGAAACUCACUAUCUGAGGCACAAAGGAAUGGAAUCCAUGAAAUUUUUCUGCCUGGACACAGUCUCGGAGCAGCCCAAGCCUUAUACACAGGAGUCUAUCUAGCAACCCGCACACCAAAAGCGUUCACAAAAUUGACGGGGAUUGUUAAGGCCCAUGAUAAGUCGAUUACUAGACUAGUUUUAGAUUCGAGUACAACUAUACAUACUACUAGAUAUUUGUACCCAUGAUAAGUCAUCUAAGUACUAGAUAUGAUAUUAGUUUGAGACUCCAGUUGUACUCCUUCGUAGAGUAGUCUAUGCCUCAAUGAUGUUGUUCCUUUUUGUGCUUUGAAGAUUCUGAGACCACUCUGACUCGUUUUAUUUUUACGACGAACAGUGUAUUGGAAAAUAUUCGUACAUUUUUUUGAUGUAAAAGAAUUUCUCGUCCUGGUGACGUUGAGGCAACCACAACUAUCACUUCUUGUAAAACGAAGGAAGAUAAGUCAUAUACUCCUCUUGUUUGUUGUAAAAAGAAUAUAACUGCUUUGGUCUUCCUCGGUCCAUCUCUUCGUAUAUUACUCCUCUUGUUGAUGUAACAAGCCUAACAAGCGCUAAUAUUGAGUGCCUCGAUGGGAAAUUACCGAAGAUAAUUGUCUCCGUCGCUGGGUUACCCCACACAGGAAACGUGGAAUGGAAUCGCUUGGUGAUGAACUUGAUGAAGCACGAGAGCGUGAAUAUGCAGGUCCUCGUGGCGGAGAAUCAUCGGGACAAGAUCGCGAAUGGCGCUGCCUUUCUAGGCGCCGUGAUGGACGAAAUCGAGGAGAAUGCACGUCUGGCGUAUGUCUACUACCCACUUAUACUCUCCGCGGCUUCCCAAUUCUUGCAGUUCCUCUUGAUCCUUGCACUCGGAUUGCAAAAGCGUCGCACACCUCUGCUUGAUGCACUUCUGAAACGCGUGUGGUGCGGACGGUCACUUUCAACUGCGGGUCAAAGAAGUACUCACGUCCACUGCGGGUCUGGUGCAGGACCUGCUGCAGCAGCUGCUCCAACCACCGAUGCUUGUGCAGAAGGCGGUCUUGGAUUUGGUGCUGAUGUCCCAGGUGCGCCUGAAGGCACUAUUAAUGGACCUGAAGAAGGCAGAACUGCUCCUGAAAGAGAUGCAAGAACUGAUGGAGGUGAUGAUUGUGAGCUAUGGGGAGUGAUGGAGGACGCUUUUGACCAAGCGGUGCUGGAUAAGCUAUGCCGUUCCAGGUCGGCUAAAGCCAAUGCUAAAUACUGGCUUCGAUACUUGAUCAACGUGCGGCUGACUUAUCCUCUGGCACCUUUCGCUGGGCUCAAAGCGUUGCUUGAGCAUUAUGGUUGUUCCUCACGAAGAUGUGGUCCUCAUCUCUGCAGGAGGAGUGCUUUAUCUGCUUGUCGUCGUUGUGGAACAAGGUGCGCUCAGUCACAAUCCUGUUGUUCUUGUGCGUGUCGUGGUCUGUCCAAGGGCGUGAAGAAAGUUUUAGGAACCAUCCUCGCACCUCCGAACAACAAAGACCGAUGGUUGUUUGCGUCCUUGCUUGAACGGUAUACGUAUGCUACUCUCGCUGGUGCCGCAGCGCUGCCGUUGUUAGGAUCCAUUCCAGCGAAGAUUGGCCUUGGGUUAACUGCAGCAGCUGCUGGCCCUGCAGCUCGGUACCAAGUCGCCAGGCUUCUAAAAUCUCUCAUCAGGAGGGAGAGAAGUGGCACCGUGGCCCGUGCGUUUACCGCUCUUGAGGAUCUUUUGGACAGAGCAUCGAAGAAAACAGGCACGAGGAGCACGAAGAAAGGCACCGGCGAAGCAGAGAACGGUGACGACGAGGACACACGCCAAGGAGAUGGUAAUAUACCUGCGGAGAGCAGCGUGAACGGCAACGGGAACAAUGAGGAUACACGACCUGCGGAGAGCAACGACGACAGUUUGGCAGUAGAUUUGCUGCGCAUCGCGUUUGAAUUCGGAGAUACAAUUGACUCGGUGACUUACAAGCGCACCUCAACACUGCUUGGAUCUCGUACUUGGUUCCUCUUCUGGGGUCUCGUCAGCCUAUUCCACAAAGAAAUUUGGGAGUUGAAGACGUUGCCCGAUACGUAUCGUGCGGAUCUGCAUGCCGAAAUGGCCUUCGGCACUCCUGAAGAACGCGCUGCCGCCUUACAUGCUUGGGUCACCAAGGAUUUCGCAGUCGCUCAGACUACUGGCAUGGGCCUCUUCUAUGACGCGCCGGAAGCGGGCUUUCGAACCAUUGAUCCCAGACAGGUAGUAGAAUCGCCCUCCUCGUUACACGAACUGAUUCAGUUUCUCCUCAGGUGCUUCUGGGACCACUCAGCUUUUAGCUAUCGGGAAUCAAUGAAGGCUCUCAACGCCUUGAUGCAACAGACGCUGGACGAGCAGCAACCACAAGAAACAACGUUAAGACUGUCUUCCGGAAGAUAGAUAGAUAGAUAGAUAGAUAGAUAGAUAGAGAGAUAGAUAGAUAGAUAGAUAGAUAGAUGUACCCACUCAUGGGGUAUAAGGGGGGAAAUCAAUCUCCCAUUUACAGACUUAUUUGAGAAGCAUCUUCUUGUAGAACAAACCCGGGGUGUUGUAAGGGGGAAAGGAAACCAAGAUGCUCUAUGUAUAAUUUCAAAAUGGGAGAUUCCCGGAAGUAGCUCUAAACAAGAUUACAACCUUAGAUGUGGAAAAUACCACAAAGGUAGCCAAAGAAUACGUGGUGCGUGAAGUUCUAGGGGUUGGAGAAGCCGUUGAGGAGGCUGAACAACUUCUAGCUGUUGAAGCGGAAGCGGAAGGUGAAGCAGCAUCUCCUGGUGGAGGAGGUAAUCUAACUGUGGAAAAAUUUGGUGACAUAAUGAGGAAGAUUGAGCAGGACCCGGAAAAAAGGGCAAAACUGAACGAAAUAAUGCAGCAAGCAGAUGAUAGAGAUGAAGCAUCUGAAGAACGUGAGGGAGAAGACGGGGAAGAUGAAGACGAUAAGGAAGUCGAGCUUACCGUGGAAGAAAAAAAGAAAAUUUUCGACGAAAACUACGAGAGACUGAAGCAAGAUCCUAAGUUCAAUAACUUUUUAUCAAUGUAGGAAGGUAAUUAUAAAGAAUUUCUACUAGUAGAAGAAGAUCAACGUAAACUAAAAGUGGACCGAGAAGAACCUCAUGAAUGCUUCAUGAUGACCUUCUUUGAAUAGAGGAGCUGAAUAGAGGGGCUAGCGAAUCAAUCCAUAGUAGAGUAAGUAAUUGCUUCAUUUUUAGUACUGUCGAAGCAUUUCGUUCUGAUGACAGUUGUAAGUUGAGGAAAAGCACCCCUGUACUAGAAUGCUUGAGUAGAAGAAUACGUCGCGGCGAGCAGCUGAUCGCUCUCGACCUCGAAAAGAUGCCGUUGGCGCAAAAGCUGCGAAAGCCACGCCGUCUACACUUGCGUCCUAGAUUGCAACAUAUGCCUUGCGCGUUUAAUCGAAUCCGACUGAUAAGAUUAUCGUUCGGCAUAGGAUUCCUCGCCCCCUAGGGAAGACGUUGCAUUCAAAAAAUUAAGGUACUUAAUACCGGGCCCUUUUUCGGAAGUGAAGUCUGGCAUUAAAAGUCCCGUCGACAGUUUCGAUUUUCGGAAUACUGAACUGGGCAUCAUGCCAUACCAUGAGCAGCUACUAUCAUGAGUCAGAGUUGUUAUAAUUUCUUAGAAGGAGAGGGCGGAACAAAAACCUUUUCUGAUGAUGUUACGAUCUCUCAACUUUGAGUAGCUAACUCUCAUGAU